CUAUCAAGUAAUACAAGCAUAAAGCUCAGGCUUAACACGAUUACACACAAAUCAAAAGGAGACUUAUAGCUUUUACCUAAGCUAACACACACCUGGUUUAACCGUAAGCUAAGAGCAAAAAUGUCGCCGCGAACCCAACUGGCUCUUCUACCUCUAGCCACCCUCCUCCUCCUCGCCGCCUCUCCCUUCCUGGCCUACGCGCAGCAGACGGCGCUGACCGACCCGGUGGCCACUGACGCCUCCUGCACCAACCCGGCGGUGGACGGCGCUUGCCACAACGUCCCGAAGGCGCUGCGCCUGAAGCUGAUCGCCAUCCCGACGAUCCUCGUCGCCAGCGUGAUCGGGGUGUGUCUGCCGCUCUUCUCCCGCGCCGUGCCGGCUCUCCGCCCCGACCGCAACCUCUUCGUUGUCGUCAAGGCCUUCGCGUCGGGGGUCAUCCUCGCCACGGGGUACAUGCACGUGCUCCCGGACUCCUUCAACAACCUCAGCUCGCCCUGCCUGCCGAAGAAGCCGUGGGGCGACUUCGCCUUCACCGCCUUCGUCGCCAUGCUCGCCGCCGUGUUCACGCUCAUGGUGGACUCGCUCAUGCUCACCUUCUACAACCGGAGCAGCAAGCGCGGCAACACCUCUGGCCGACGCGCAGGCGCGGCGGCGGUCGCUGACCAUGAGAGCCCGGCACAUGGGCACUGGCAUAGCCACGGCCACGGCCACGGCGACAUCGUCGCGGCCGAGUCCGCGGUGGUCGCCAAGCCCGAGGACAACGAGGCCAGCAAGGUGCAGCUGCGCCGGAACCGCGUCGUCGUUCAGGUUCUUGAGAUGGGUAUCGUGGUGCACUCGGUAGUGAUCGGCCUGGGCAUGGGCGCGUCGCAGAGCGUGUGCACCAUCCGGCCGCUCGUCGCCGCGAUGUGCUUCCACCAGCUGUUCGAGGGCAUGGGCCUCGGCGGCUGCAUCCUCCAAGCCGAGUAUGGCAUGAAGAUGAAGUCGGCGCUGGUGUUCUUCUUCUCGACGACGACGCCGUUCGGGAUCGCGCUGGGGCUGGCGCUGACCAAGGUGUACAAAGAGAACAGCCCGACGGCGCUGAUCGUCGUCGGCCUGCUGAACGCGGCGUCGGCGGGGCUGCUGCACUACAUGGCGCUGGUGGAGCUCCUGGCCGCCGACUUCAUGGGGCCCAAGCUGCAGGGCAGCGUCAGGCUCCAGCUCGUGUCCUUCCUCGCGGUCCUCCUCGGCGCCGGCGGCAUGUCCGUCAUGGCCAAGUGGGCGUGACGUACGCCGACACGACUAUAUGUAUCUGCGUGCAUGCGACAGGGAGUGCAACCACUGUAUGUAUUUGACCGUCCGCGCCCAGUAUUUGUGGUCAUGUAGACAUGUAGUUCUUCAGCUUUGCUCCGUGUCGAUCACUAGCUGCAGCAAGCCGGCAGAACAUGUAUGUUGCUGUAAAUGUGCGACGUCCGUAGUACAAGAAGUGUUGUAUUUUGUGUACGUAAUUUGGUUACAUGUUUUGUGUUGUUGUAAAUAGUGAACUGGAUUAGUGUUGUAUUUUGCUCAUGAUAAUACCAGUCGUCCAUGCCA